AUGGUUCUCCUUCAGCUAUUAUGCGGUCUCUUGCUUGCUUUCAGCCUGUAUGGAGGUGCUCGGAGUGCAACACACAUACCCAGGCAAUCCCCUCUUCAAGAUGUCGUGACAUGGGAUCAAUAUUCUUUCAAGAUCAAUGGGACUAGAUUGGCGCUAUGGGGCGGAGAGAUGCAUCCGUACAGACUUCCGGUACCAAGUCUAUAUCUUGACAUCCUUCAAAAAAUCAAGGCUACCGGUUUCAAUACCGUUUCAAUCUAUAUAUUCUGGGGAAUUAUGGAAGCGAAACGAGGAGAGGUAUCAUUCGAAGGCUUCCGUGACCUACAACCGUUCUUCGACGCAGCAAAGAAAGCAGGUCUCUACGUUAUUACACGACCUGGCCCAUAUAUUAACGCAGAGACGACGGGUGGAGGCUUUCCUGGGUGGGGCACGUAUACGCCCGGAUUAUGGCGUACCUCGAAUGCUACCUAUGUCGAAGCCUAUCAGAACUACAUCAGAUCAGUCGGAGAAAAAAUAGCCGCGAACGAAAUCACUAAAGGCGGACCUGUUAUCCUUUUUCAAGCUGAAAACGAGUACACUGGCUGGCAAGAACCUUACACGGAGGAUUUUGAAUAUGAGAACAGGUUGUUGAAGGAUAUACGCGCUAGUGGAGUCACGAUUCCUAUCACCACUAACGAUGCAUUCCCCGGAGGACAUUUCGUUGGUGUCGAUGUCUAUGGUUACGAUUCAUACCCCAACGGUUUUGACUGUGCGCACCCAUACACUUGGGCACCAGAUGCUGUCCCAGAAUGGCUCUGGGGUGCUCGCAUCGCCAUAAAUCCCGAAGACCCGAAUGCAAUGUUUGAAAACCAAGGAGGGGCCAUCGACGGCUGGGGUGGCGCAGGCGGUGCCAAUUGUGCUAUAUUGACGGGGCCUGACUUUGAAAGAGUCUUCUACAAAAAUCAAUUCGCGAUGUCGACUACCGUGUGGUCGAUCUAUAUGUUGUACGGUGGUACUAAUUGGGGAGGAAUUGCAUUCCCGGGCUCCUACACUUCAUACGACUACGGAGCAUCCAUUGCGGAGGACCGGACACUCAGAGAAAAGUAUUACGAGAUCAAGCUACAAGCAAACUUUGGUCGGGUAUCUCCUGCAUACUUAACCACACGCCCUCAAAACAUCGGUGCAUCUCAAGGUUCUUUCACCGGGAACCAAGCCCUGAAGACAACGCAGGUGUUGGAUGUUGUUGGGAACAAGACUGGUUUUUAUGUCGUCCGACAGACCGAUGCGUCUACUCAUGACACACAGGCAUAUAAAUUAACUGUGCCUACAAGUCUAGGAACAUUAACGAUUCCGGCGAUUGGAGGGUCCUUGGCUCUUCACGGACGGGAUUCUAAAAUUCAUGUAGUGGAUUAUUCAGCUGGCUCGACGCAUCUACUGUACUCUAGUGCCGAGAUAUUUACUUGGGCGACGAUUGACGGGAAGGAUGUGAUCGUGUUGUACGGGAACUCGGGCGAGGUCCACGAAACAGCCUUCACAUUUAAAGACACCACUGUUCCGACUGCGAAGGUUGUCUCUGGUCGUGGUUCUAUUCAACAGAAAACGCUUUCCUCGACGUCCCUUGCGAUCCAAUUCACAACCAGCGGUCAAACAGUAGUCCAGGUCGGCGACAAGACCACGCUCUACAUUUUGGAUCGAGAAAAUGCAUACCAGUUUUGGGUUCCUCCUUCUCCAAGCAACUUUGCCCAUGUUACUGCCCCGCGUGAACCCAUCAUCAUCAAAGGUGGUUACCUUUUGCGAUCUGCGACAACCUCGGAGGGCCGGCUUGCCAUCAUCGGAGAUCUGAACGCUACGACGUCCCUGGAAAUUAUCGCCCCUCAAGCGUUGACAAAAACCGGAGUCACUUUCAAUGGCAAACCAGUGUCGGAGCUCAAGAAAACCAACUAUGGGUCUCUCGUAGGAAGAGUCUCUGCUGUGCUUCCGGACGUGAAACUACCGGAUCUAAAGUCCCUGACUUGGAAAACCGCCGAUAGUCUCCCUGAAAUCAAGAAAGACUAUUUCGAUGAUCUAUGGACUAUAGCGAACCAUACGGAGACUGUCAAUCCCACGACACCUAAAACACCUGUUGUCCUGUAUGCCAGUGACUAUGGCUACCACACUGGCAACAUUCUUUGGCGAGCGCACUUCAACGCCACUGGGAAAGAGACAGGAUUCAAACUCGACGUCUGGGGUGGAACUGCAUUUGGAUAUUCGAUUUGGUUGGAUGAAAUCUUUGUGGGAUCGUUCGCUGGAGAUUGGGUCCAGGGGAAUUACGAAGGGACGUUCAAGUUUUUGAAGAGUUUAACACAAGGGUCUUCACAUGUCUUGACGGUUUUACAAGACCAUAUGGGGCUGAACGAGAACUGGGCUGGAGCUGGGGAAGAUUUCAAGACGCCCCGGGGAAUCAUGAGUUAUUCGUUUGUGGGAAGUGAUGAGACCGUCAUCAGUGUGUGGAAGGUUGCCGGGAAUCUGGGCGGCGAAGAUUACGUCGAUAAAACCAGAGGACCUUUGAAUGAAGGUGGACUGUUUGCUGAGAGACAAGGAUGGCAUCUUCCGGAAUUCGAUGACCGGAAAUGGACAUCUGGUAAACCGACCGAUGGUCUACCACAGGCUGGAGUUGCUUUCUACCGAACUACCUUUGAUUUAAACAUUCCGGAUGGGCUCGACUACCCGCUUUCCCUAGUCAUAUCAAAUUCGACUACCAAUCCGCACUUUAGGUCCAAGCUCUACGUUAACGGCUAUCAAUAUGGAAAAUAUGUCAACCACGUCGGUCCUCAGACUUCGUUCCCCGUUCCGCAUGGAAUCUUAAACUACAAGGGUAAAAAUACGCUUGCUGUGUCUCUAUGGGCGAUGGACGAAGGAGGCGCCCAGUUGGCUUCAUUGGAUUUGAAGCUGACCGCGAAGAUUCAGACUGGUUUUGGUCCUGUUGUGAAUGCUCCGUUGACGGUGUGGACGCCGAGGUUUCGAGCUUUUUAG